CCGCUCUCUGUGCCCGCCGGAGCAGCCCUUCUCCGGGCUUCGGAGGCCGUGAGCCCGUCUGUGCAAGGUAAAAUAUCAAGAGAGCAUGGCUCACCUGGGUGAACGUAAAUGGACUCACGUGUUCCCUUUCCUGAUGGUCUCCCUGGUGUACUCUGCCAGUGCCGAAUACUCCAACUGCGGUGAGAACGAGUACUACAACCAGACCACUGGCAUGUGCCAUGACUGCCCCAAGUGCGAGCCGGGUGAAGAACCUUACAUGACAUGUGGAUAUGGCACCAAAGAUGAGGACUAUGGCUGCAUCCCCUGCCCUUCUGAGAAGUUUUCCAAAGGAGGUUACCAGAUAUGCAGACGGCACAAGGACUGCGAGGGUUUUUUCCGAGCCACAGUCAUGACACCUGGGGAUCAGGAGAAUGACGCAGAGUGCGGUCCUUGUCUCCCAGGUUACUACAUGCUGGAAAACAGACCUCGGAACAUCUAUGGGAUGGUUUGCUACUCGUGCUUGCUGGCGCCUCCCAACACCAAGGAAUGUGCAGGCUCUAACUCUGGCAUUUCAGCCAUUUUCCCAAGCACCUCCGGCACAAGCACUUUCUCACCUUACCAGCAUGCUCACAAAGAUCUUUCAGGACAAGGACAUCUGGCUACAGCUCUUAUAAUUGCUAUGUCUACUAUCUUCAUAAUGGCUAUUGCCAUUGUCCUCAUCAUCAUGUUUUACAUUGUAAAAACAAAGCCAUCUGCUCAAGCCUGUUGCAAGAGCCACUCAGUAAAAAAUGUCGAAGCUCAGGCUAACACACAAGAAGAGAAGAAAGAAGUGCAAGAUAAUGUUGUGAUAUUCUCUGAGAAAGAAGAGUUUGAAAAACUUACAGCAACUCCAGCUAAGGCUGUCAAAAGUGAAAAUGAUGCAUCUUCUGAGAAUGAACGACUCUUAAGCCGGAGUAUGGAUAGUGAUGAAGAAGCUGCAGUUGACAAGCAAGGGACUCCAGAGAGAUGCUUGUUAUCUUUAGUGCAUUUGGCCAGAGAUAAAUCUUCUACAAGCAAUAAAUCAACUGGGAUUCAAAGUCGAAGGAAAAAGAUACUUGACGUGUAUGCUAACGUAUGUGACGUUGCAGAAGGUUUGAGCCCUACGGAGCUGCCUUUUGACUGUCUGGAGAAGACCAGCCGAAUGCUCAGCUCGACCUACAACACAGAGAAAGCCAUAGUGAAAACGUGGCGUCACCUCGCCGAGAGCUUUGGGCUGAAGAGGGAUGAGAUUGGCGGCAUGACAGAUGGCAUGCAGCUGUUUGACCGCAUCAGCACGGCAGGCUACAGCAUCCCAGAACUGCUCACCAAACUCGUGCAAAUCGAGCGACUGGAUGCUGUUGAAUCCUUGUGUGCAGACAUUCUGGAGUGGGCACAAGCCAUGCCAGCUCCUGAACCAGCAGGGACAUCCUGACAUGCCUGCCUGGGGCCUGCACCUCCACAUCAGAAGUGUGAUUCCAAUAAGCACUGCAUCAAAGACUUUGGACUAAAGAUCAUUGAUGCUGCUUCUACAUAAUUGCUCACAAUAGCCAAUGGGAAGCUCUUCUUUUUGACUUCUAAAAGUGAAGUAACACAUCUACCAAAAUGAGAGCAGAAAUUUCCCAAGAAGCUUGGCAUGAAAUAUGUCAUUAAAUAAAAUGAUCAUGUUAAAAAGUUACAGAUAAUAAGCAGAGACACAAACAUCCAUUUUGCAGUCUGUGUAUGAGUAGAAGGGCAAAUAACCCUUCUGAUACCCUUCCUGCCCAGCCUUCAGGAAAGGCAUUGAAUAGCUGUCUGAAAAUAUUCGUGUCUCUUAGGCCUUCAUUCAAUGGUUCAAUGGUUUAACAGUUACAGUCAGAAGCAGUACCACAGAUACAGUAUCAAUUAAUACACAUUAGGCACAUACAUUUCUAUCUGCUCCAACCAGUUUCAUUUUCUACACUUAUUAUGGGUUUGUUGAAUCUAGAAGUAUUGCAUUAUGUGCAUAGAUGUAUAUGCACAGUCCUCAGAUUGACUAACUAUGGUAUAUGGAAAAAGAGUCACCAUAACUUACAGAUUGAAGUGCUUCAAAACAAUCUACAUAAUGUACAUAAAUGCACUCUUAGUCCAUUCUGACAUUUCAGAAAUUAUAAAUUCCAACUGCUGACUUGCUGAGGACAAGCUAGUUAGCAACUGGGCAGUAAAAGUG